GGACAACAGCUCACUUUUCCCCGUGCGACAUCCAGUCUCGAACUUGAUCUCUGAUCAUCUCGAACAAAACAUUGCACAACUGCUCACAGGCCUCUAUUUAUCCAACCUUUGUACUCUCCUUGACCGCCUGUUUACUUUCGCGCUUCUGCAGGUCCACAAUCGAUAGCGCGACCGCCCACCGUUCCCAACAGGAACACCGCGUUUCACGACACUCAUUCCAUCUGUUCGUUCGCCAACAGGCUUGAGCAGCAGGUGUUCGAAAGAGGAAGUCCGUGGAUCCUUGAUCAACCAGAAACAAUGUUUCAACCUUCUUCCCCGGAGCUCGAGCUUCAACAUCCCCCUCCAGCUUCACAUGCCGCUCACUUGCCUGCGCGGGGGCCACUAAGGGCUCCGACAUCUCCACUCAGGCAGUUUACGGCACCACCCGUGGACGAUGAGCCGAAUACCUUCGACAACAUUGAUCUCUCUGCGCCCAUUCAACCACCGCCUUCUGCCUUGACCUCAAGCGCAACUGCCUAUGACCCACAUAGCGAACCACCUUCCUUACUUGACAACUAUCCACGUGCCGGCCGCAACAGCCACCAGCGCACCCUGACAGGCACAUUCCUCGACAACAGCCAGUCUUUUCUCAACCGUGCAUCAUCUACGUUACAGCAACAUACUUCUGCAGCAUCGAUUCGAUCACAUUCGCCGUCAAAAUCCCUAGCUAGCUUCCUACCUUCAAGGAGCGCGAUUGAUUCGACCAAGAGCUGGUUCAACGGAUCUUCUGCGCCCAUCAAGCUUGGUAUUCAGCAGCAGGACGACGACGCGGUCUCAGAAUCAGGCUCCGAGGUACCCUCAGAGUACUACUCGUCCGAUUCUGAGUCAGACGGAGGCGAAGAGGAAAGCGAACAGGAGCAGACGCACAACACCAUGAACCUCUUCAAUCGCAAGCCAACACACACCCGGGCAGCAUCUGAGAACCCAGUUCGAUCCGAACAGAUGGCUACACCCAGGCAGCCGCAGUACCAGUCGCCUGCUAGUAGCAGGUUUGCUUGGCUCCUGUCGACGCAGAAGAACGCUGCAGUGCCCUCCCCUAAUACAGCACCUGUCUACCACAAUGCUGACGACGAGUUGCUAAAUCUGAAUAUUUCGCAAGCUCUAUUUCCCCACGGUCCCGUCGACCCUCUCGCGCCAUCGUCGUUCAACGACCUACUUGCGAACGCCGAAGCCCUCCUCACACGAUACCAGAAGUCGUACCGCCAGUUAUCAACAGCAUUGGUGGACGUACAGUCGGAACAGAGUGCACAAGACGAUGAACUUGACGAAGCCGAAACAAGAGCGCGACACCUGAAAAUGCAGCUAGAGACGAUGGCGGCGCGUGCGACCGAGCAGGACGAGCAGAUGCGAACGCUGAUGGAAGAUUUGGCAUUCGAACGUCACACUAGACAAGAGGAGGAGGCCGCGCGUAAGAGGAGUCUCGCGCUUCUCAGGGGCCAGCCUCAGUGCGGGUGCCAGGAUACACCACGCCGCCGUAACCGCAUUUCGAACUCCGAGCUCAGCGUCGACUCUGGCUUCGAGUCUGAUGCCGAAACCGAUGCCGCAAGCCUCUUCUCCAGAAACUGCCUCAGCCCAACAGGCACCGACCGUUCCUCCAUAUUAGAAGUAGAGACCGACGUCACACCUACGAAGCACAAGAAGGUGCAAAGCCUACAACGUGGAGGUACUUACGAUAAGGCGAGAGGCAGUUCAGUGACUGUGCAGAGCUGGGGCUGUGCAAACUGCGAGGGCGGUUCGCAGGCUUCUGUCUGGGGUCGUUUAAGUAAGGAGCGUGAGGAGACUCGUGUGCUCAGACAAAGGGUAGAGGCGCUCGAAGAGGCUGUGGAGAAUGCAUUAGACGUUGUUGGCGGUCAAUGGCCUAUGCUCUGAGGUUACAUUGACUGAAGAUAACACUGUCGGAGCGGGGGAUUGUUGAGAAUGAUACCAGAUUGGCUAGGCAUGGCAGAUCCUCGAUGUUAGCGGCAUAAUCUGCAUAUUAGUAGCAUAAGAGCGUUGAUCGUCGUUAGCAUAGUCACAAUACAGCAUGAGCUUACUCGAGCAUCCUUGGC